AUGACUGAUGGAAGGAUCUACGUGGGAAAUCUUCCAAUAGACGUCCAGGAGAGGGACAUAGAGGAUCUCUUCUUCAAAUAUGGAAAAAUUCGGGAUAUCGAACUAAAGAAUAACAGGGGAACCAUCCCUUUUGCUUUUGUUCGCUUCGAAGAUCCACGGGAUGCAGAAGAUGCUGUCUAUGGAAGGAAUGGAUAUGGAUUCGGUGACUCCAAGCUUCGUGUAGAAUACCCUCGCUCCUCUGGUGCCAAAUUUAGUGGCCCUAUGGGAGGCGGAGAAAGAGGCGAAGGAGGGGGUCCUAAGGGGAGGUUUGGGCCUCCAACUCGGAGAUCUGAGUUCCGGGUGAUAGUGACUGGCUUGCCCCCAUCAGGGAGCUGGCAGGAUCUUAAAGACCACAUGCGUGAGGCAGGGGAUGUGUGUUUCGCCGACGUGCAGCGGGAUGGUGAAGGGGUGGUGGAGUUUGUCCGUCGGGAGGACAUGGAGUAUGCCCUGCGCAGACUGGACAGGACUGAGUUCCGCUCCCAUCAGGGGGAGAUGGCAAACAUUCGUGUCCACGGAGAACAUGGUGCCAGUUAUGGUCGCUCGCAGUCCCGCUCCAGAUCUCCCCGGGGGCGUGGCUACUCACCACCUCCUUACAAAAGCAGAGGGUCCCCUCCACAGCGCUACCAGUCACCUCCACGGCGCCAUGUGUCCCGCCAUAGCCCCCCAGCGAGGCGACACCCAGUAACACACCACAGCCCACCCCCACGCCACUAUCGGUAGACCAGCCAGCCAUUCACAAGAGGGCACUGAUGAUUAGGGGCAGUUUAAUUAUGUUUUGUUUAUACCAGAUCUCCUCCCUGACACACACAAAUAAUUGUCCCCCUUUUGCUUGCUAUGUGCAUUCCAUGGUCAGUCACCCCUGCCUUCUUGUUGGCCUUAAUAUGGUUGAUUUAUUUUCCUGUUGAUUGAUGUAAACUUCAGUUCCCUGUGUCAGCGCACUGUAUUGAGCUGAGUUCUGAUGUCUGGUGAGACCAUGUGUUAACUUGUCAAUUUACUGGUCUUGCUGCUCUAGGUCAUGUAUGAACAUGAUCCAUUUGUGAUGAAGACUGCCCUGAGUGUGACUCUCAACAAAAACUAAAUGUGAAGAUCUGCCUGCAAUGUCUAUUUUUAAAUGAAUUGUAAGUGUGGACCUCCAAGUGUCUGAAUACCUUUCGGAAAUUGUUUGAUUGUAAUCUGCUGGUAAACCUGAAAUCCUUAAAUUUGUUUUAUUUUAAAUAAAUGUCACUUUUUAAUCA